AUGUCUACCUCCGCUCUGGCCGUGGUCCCUCCUGUGUGUCCCAUCUCUGCUGCCGGAGGCAAGAGCAAGCAUCGGUUGGUUAACCAGAGUGCUGUAAAGCUGGCCUAUAAGGUCAAGUGCACCAACAACAGCAACUACUCGGUCAACAAGGUCUAUGGGUUCGUGGAUGUGGGCGAAGAGGGAGGUCUGGAGAUCACUCGCAUCGUAAGUUUCGUGUUUAUGAUCCAUUCCACUUCUCGUAUUCCGUGACUAUGAUAAUAGGCCGUUAAACACGACAUUUAUCGGAUUUAAUAGCCACAUAAUAGUUUUGUCACCGUCAUAUUAUCCAUUAUUGUUUUUGCAGGCCGGAAAGCCCAAGGCUGACAAGUUGAUUGUUCAGUACGUCCAGCCCGCUCCUGACCAUACUGACCCCAAACAGGCUUUCGAACCCGGCUACCAAUCCGAGGUCGUCGGAGAAACCGUCGUCAAACUGUCAGCGGCUGAAUGA